AUGUUCAUGGAAACAGAAAAUGGCUCGCUGGUAAUGGUAAAGCCGGGCGGAGGCUUGAUCCGAGAGCAUUUGGAUCGACUAGUUGCUCGUGUGAUGUCUAGAUACUAUGUGGUAGGUCUAUAAUAUCUUUUUUCUUACUUUUUAACCCUAAACCCGUUCAGAAGCCUUCGAUUCCUGUAGAUCCCGAAUGUAUGGAUCGACUAAUCGAGCACAUGUUAGGAAGGAUUGAGUUUGUAUUUGGAAGAGUUCAUAUCAAGGUUUGUACCAAUCAAUUUACCCUCAAAAUGAACUAAGAUUGUAGGAUUAUUCGAAAAUCAGCGGAGAUCAGCUGCCUCAAAAGGUUCAUCACCUAAAACUGGAGUAUGAAGAGGAUGAAAGUGAGGAAAACUUUGUGGAAUUUCUGCAAAACCUCAAGUUGAAGAAGAUCAAAAUCCUCGACUUGAAUGUAUUCAGAAUCACGUCUGAUAUUGUGGAUCUUCUGAAGGUAAGCCUUCAAAAACUAGACUAUUUCGUUGCGAGACCCAACCCAUCGUUUUAGGAAAUCCCGGUGAACCAACUGAACAUCACAACUCAAUUCUCCGACGAAAACGUGCUGCUCAACUUGUCUCCGAGCACUUUGAUAGCUGAAAAAGAUGAAAUCACAAAGGAAGAGUUUCUGGACUUUGUGACAAUGUUCAAAAGCUCUCAGCAUUCGAUUGGCUCACUAUUCCGUGGAAAUCUAUGGCUUUCAGCUUCGGAAUUCGACAAUUUUUGGCGUAUUUUGAAUCCAAAAACUCCACAAUCUUUGUGAGUUAUAUCUCUGUUGCGUUAGAGCAUCUGCAAUUUUUCAGCAACUUUGUGGAGCAACUCUUUUUGAAUAACGAUGCAACGAGAACUCAAAGCUUCUACAAUCAUGGUCACUUUUACACAAACACCGAAGAUGCCCAGAAAAUAUUGUCGAUUCGAUACCAAUUCAAAUCGCCAUCGUACCGGUUCAGCGUGAAAGUGGUGCCGAGCAGUGGAGAGACGAAAUACCCGCGGGCUUUGACGGUCCUCCAGACGCUCGCAGAUUUUGAAGACGUCUGGAGCGAAUCGGUGCGAAGCGAUUCAUUCCACAGACCUGUCAUUCUCAUCCGUCUCUUCCUGAACCUCUUUUUGUGGCUCACUGAUUUCUGGCCCGAAUACUCGCAGCACAUCUACGACAGUCUCUUUCCGACGUUCAUUCUCAUUUGUGCUCACUAUCUGCUUGUGUCGAAAUUGUGGAAAAUGGACGAGGCGAGCACGUGGUGCAUCACAAUUCUGUGCGUUUCACUGCAAGCCGUCAGGGUCCUAGUGCUCAUGCCCUCUCUUUUUCUUCGUCUUCAAUUCUUGAUCUAUGAAGGCUGCUUCUUCUUGUCUGUCGGCUAUUUCGGCUCUUUUUUUGUCGUUUCUCGCUGCCUUGUCAACAUUCUUUUAAGUUCUGAUCAAUAAAAAUCAAGAUUUACGGGGGUGCUAAUAUGAACAGUUUUUAUACGACUGCAGCACGGUUUCCAGAGCUGACAAUGGGCGCAAGUGCGCCCGCCCCGCCGAAUAGAGCGAUACAUUGGCGCGAAAUUCAAAUUUUAACAGCAAAAUUUGUGUUUUUUGCCAGAUUAGCCACGAAAAACCGAUAAUUUCUCAUUUGUCUCUCGAUAGACCGAUUCUAUAGGCUAUUGCGAAUUUUUUAAGCGCAAGAGCGUUAAAUUUGGUCAAGUUUGAAGGUUUUUGGCCAAAACUGCGUGAAUUUCAGUUUUUCGGUAAUUUUCGCGGUUCGAGCGCUCAAAAUGCUUGUAUUUACGUGAUUUACCAUUCUCAAAACCAAUUCUGUCUGAAAACGGUCAAGAAAGCGCAAAAUGAGAAGGCGUAAAAGCAAAGUCCGCGAAAAAUGCGCCAAAACGUCAUUAAUUCUGAGAAUUAGUGUGUUUUCCUUGUCGAACAAUCAUUUUUCAUCGUCGUUGACCACAAAAAUCAGAGAAACCCCCUGCUCAAUUCAUGAAAACGCCAUUUGACCGCCGAGGCCACGCCCAUAUUGUCAGCUCUGGAGACCGUGGUCGCGACCGAUAUUUGAUCACAGAAUGAUAAUUCAGACGCGUUUUCUUGCGUUCAAAACGAUAAUUUCAGAUCAAAUUUUUCUGACCUACUAUUGUUCUCAACGACACUCCACUUCAUUGAAGCGGGAAAAUUGUGGUGGGCCGCGACGCGCGUGCAACGCUCCUCGUCUUGCAUCAUUCAUUCUCUCGCUUUACCUUUCUCCUCCAAACCCCCAAAUAAUCGUGCUCCGCUUGCAGAAAAUCGACAUGUCCGUCACGUACAACCUCGUUUCAAACGAUGAAAAGUCGUUCGAGAUCAGCGAAGCGGCGCUCCUUCAAUCGACGACUCUCGGCCACCUCAUCGACAACGUCGUCAUCGAUUCGGAGGCGCGCAAGACGGCGAUCCCGCUGAGAAACGUGUCCGGAGAGAUCCUCGAGAAGGUGAUCGAGUGGUGCGAGAAGCACAAAGACGACGUCCCGAAGAGCGAGCGGGAGCGUCAGAGCGAGCGGAACAGCGAUGUGGCGCUCUGGGACGCCGACUUCCUCGGCAAACUCGACAAGCAACAACUGUUCGAUGUGAUUUGCGCGGCGAACUAUCUCGAGAUCAGAGGACUUUUGGACGUUUCGUGCAAGGCGGUGGCGAUGAUGAUCAAGGGCAGGUCGCUGGACGAGUUGAGGAGGGCGUUGCAGAUCGAGAAAGAAGAAGAGGAGGAGGAGGAGGAGGAGGAGGAGGAGGAGGCAGAAGGACAAGAAGCGGAGGAUCAUGAUGAGGACGUCGUGGCUGCUGAGCAGUAA